UCUCAAAAAAAACUUAUAUCAAUAAAACUAUACUAUCUAUGUCUAUGAUAUCUGAUAGAUAUAAUAUGGAUAAAGAAAUACCAGAAAUAUUUGAAUCAAUGAUGUCUAACGAUAUGCCAAAGUUUUGGUCGCUGUUUAAGAAGAUUAUCGGACGAGUAUUGGAUAAUAUGUUGAGUCCGGAUAUUCAACAAUUGAGACCACAAUUGGAGAAAAUGAUUGACUAUUUCUUUAGUCAAUACAAUACCGUAGACUACGGCCGGAUGUAUAUACUAGGCUAUAGGCUGUUGACUAACGGUAAGUGUAAUCAACAAUCGGUCGGUGCGGUCAUCGACAGCAAUAACAAAGACGAAGACAAUGAACCGGUCUAUGCAAUGGCAGUGGCGGUUGAAUUGGUAACAAUGAGUUUGUUUUUGUUGGACGAUAUUAUGGACAAAUCGACACAAAAAUUUGGUAAACCCUGUUGGUAUACAUUGCCAUCGGUGGGAAUGUCAGCUAUAAAUGACAGCACAAUAAUGUUAGCAAUUGUUGACAAAAUAGCGGAAAUCUAUUACAAAAAUCAUUGUAAUUAUGUCAAAAUCGUGCACUGUUUACAUGAGUUUAUUGAGAAGAUAUCCAUAGGACAGGCAUUGGAUAUGACAAACAGUGUUAUUACUAACAAAUCAAUUAAAAUAACUGAUUAUAAUAUGGAUUUAUACAAUAAAAUUAACAAGUACAAAAACUCUUUUUCAGGGUUUGUCUAUCAAUUUAAAUUAGCAAUGAUCAUAACAGAUAGUAAAUUGGAUAAUAACGAGUCGGACAUUGUUGAAGAGUUUCUAAUACAAACUGGUAUAUUGUGCGGCGCUAUGAAUGACUAUCAGGACUAUUAUGAAGAGUCAACCGGAACCGAUAUACAGGAAGGCAAAUGCACCUGGUUGUUUGUUAGGGCAUUGCAAUUGGCUAAUGAUAGACAACGUACGGAACUGUUGGCCAACUAUGGACACAACGACACCGAUCGUAUCGAAAUCAUUAGACAACUGUACUCUGAGUUAGACAUACCGGCAGAGAUGUUAGUGUUUGCCGACUCUGUGUUCACUGGUUUUAGACAACUGGCCACCGGUUUAGGUAACAAACGUAUUGUCGAUAUUGUCGAUAACUUUGCCAACGCGGCCAAAGAGUAUGGCAAAAAUGUUUGUCAUUUAUUUCAAUAGUUACAAACAGUUUAUAUAAUUAGUUUAUUAUAUA